AUGACGCGUACCUUGCCACAGUUGCUGAGACAAUACUUGGCUAAUCGCCGUAUUCAAAGAAAUCGUUUGGUAACCAAAGAUGGCCACUGCCACAUUGCAUAUGGCAGUGUGAAGCACAGCCAAUUUUUUAUCUACUUUCUAGACUUCUGGACCACCUUGAUGGAAAUGCGCUGGCGUUUUGUCAUCUUUCUCUUUGGUGCCUCCUUUGUGUUCGCUUGGUUCUUCUUCGGACUAUUCUGGUAUUGGGCUGCUUUCGCUAAUGGUGACCUAUACUGGCAAAACCCCUCUGUUAGCCAUAAACCUUGUGUAAUGAAUCUUUUUGAUAUGACUGGUGCUUUCCUCCAGUCUAUAGAGACUCAGAUGUCGAUUGGUUAUGGUUACCGACAACUCACACCAUUUUGUCGUAGUACCCUGACAAUUUUCACUAUUCAAGCUGUCUUUGGGACGGUUAUAAUCUGUUUCUGGUGUGGGGUGAUUAUGACUAAAGUUGCCCGGCCAAAGAAAAGAGCCAGAACCAUCAGCUUUACCAAUGUUGCUGUUAUCUCCUCUAACAAAGGCAGUCUCUGUUUGCAGAUACGAGUGGCCAACAUGCGCAAGUCCUUGAUAAUUGGAAGUCAGAUCUAUGGUAAACUUCUUAAAACAACAAUCACACCUGAUGGCGAGACCAUAAUAAUGGACCAGACCAAGAUAGAUUUCAUUGUAGAUGCUGGAAAGGACAACCUUUUCUUUGUCUGCCCUUUGACCCUGUACCAUAUCAUUGAUGAAUCAAGUCCUUUUUGUCAAAUGACAGUAGAUACUCUUCACCAGCAGGAGUUUGAGUUAGUGGUGUUUCUUGAUGGCACUGAUGAUGCCACUAGCUCCUCCUGCCAGGUCAGAACUUCCUACCUUCCUAAAGAGAUCAUGUGGGGCUACAAGUUCCUUCCUAUUGUCUCACGCAGCAAAGAGGGAAAAUAUCAUUAUUGCAUUGAUUUCUCCAACUUUGCUAAAGUUAUGCCCACAGAAACACCACACUGUGCUCAAUGCUUUCACAAUGAGAAAGCACACCAUCACAACUCAAGAACUGGCAUGGACAAUGAAGGCUUUGACUGUGAUUUGUAA